GGCCGCUGUGGAACCCACCCGUGGCCGGGGCGCUCCUUCCCGCCGCCGCGCUCGUGCCCAAGAUGGCGGCCGCGGCGCUGUUCCGGGGCGCGGCUCCAGGGUGUGGCGGACCUGCCUGGCGCUGGCGGCUGCGCGCGAUCUCAAGGCACCGCCUGGCCUCUGGCUCGGGCGGCCACGGCAGCGACCCCGCCGACGGCGCGGCCUGGGCCUGCUUCCCGCUGGCCCAACGCGCCCUGGUGCGCGUGCGCGGGCCGGACUCGGCCCCUUUCCUUCUGGGGCUGCUGACCAAUGACCUGCCGCUUCCGGUACCUGCGGACGGUGCGGCCUCGCCCCCCGCGCGUGCGGGCUACGCCCACUUUCUCAACGUCCAGGGACGCACGCUGUAUGACGUCAUUCUCUAUGGGCUCCCGGCGCACACUGACCCAGCUCCCACCUUCCUCCUGGAGUGUGACAGCUCGGUGCUGGGCGCGCUGCAGAAGCACCUGGUGCUGCACAAGAUUCGGCGGAGGGUCACGGUGGAGCCCUGCCCUGAGUUGCACGUUUGGGCCGUUCUGCCGGCUGCUCCUCAGGAGGUGGGUGGGGCUGCGCCACUGCCCGAGCACCAGGGCUCUGCCAUCCUCGCCCGUGACCCCCGCACUACCCGCAUGGGCUGGCGGCUUCUCACCCAGGACAAGAGCCCUGCCCUGGUGGCCAGGGGCAGGCUCAGGGACGUCUGCGAUUAUCACCGGCACCGGUACCAGCAAGGUGUUCCUGAGGGGGUCCACGACCUGCCGCCAGGAGUGGCCCUGCCCCUGGAGUCCAACCUGGUCUUCAUGAACGGUGUCAGCUUCACCAAAGGCUGCUAUGUCGGCCAGGAGCUGACCGCCCGCACCCACCACACGGGUGUCAUCCGAAAGCGCCUCUUCCCCGUGCAGCUCUUGGGCCCCCUCCCUGGGGGUGGCAUCACCCCUGGCACCACGGUGCUCACUGAAUCUGGACAGGCUGCCGGCAAGUACAGGGCAGGCCAGGGGGAUGUGGGGCUGGCCCUGCUGCACUCGGAGAAAAUCAAGGGCCCUCUCCACAUCAGAACCACCGGGAACGGCCGCGUGGCCCUGACUGCCUCUGUGCCGGACUGGUGGCCCACAGCCCCCAAGUAGCCCGGACGUGCCUGCGCUCCCACAGAGUGCCUCUGGCCCUGCACACCUGCGGGCCGGCCCUGCGAAGACAUGCGUCCUUGGAUGGUCCCGAGUGUUGGUGGGACUCGUGCGGCUGCGGUGUGCCAGGCCUUUCCAGCCCACCAUGCUUCCGCCUGACACCUGCCUCUGCUGGCGGCUCUGCGCUGGGGGCGCCAGAAGCAAGCCUGGCGCCUGCCACAGCUGAGCCGAGCCCCAUCUUCCAGCACAUCCAGACGGGGUUCCAAACCGUGUAGCUCUGGAGGCCUCUGCCCAUCAGCCAAGGGCAGGAGUGAGAAGCUGUGCUUGCCGGCCUUCCCCCGCCGCCUGCACCACUCAGCCUGCUUCAGGGCAGGCCUGGCACCGAGGCGCUGCAGCCAAGGGAGGGCAGGGGCAGGUGGCUCUGGGAAUUGUCUUCCAUGCGGGCUUGGGGCAUGUCUCAGGUCAGGAAUCACCUGUGGCGGGUGCGGUGGUCGUGUCGGCGGGUGGAGGCACGGCUGCCCACAGGCACCACAAAAAGUUCUCCAAGUGCACCUCUGCGCUCGGCGCUGGCCCUGGAGCCCGGGCACCAUUUCCAGCGGGCACUCCAGCUCCACAGCUUCGGCCCCUGGUGGCCUGGGCAGCCCCUCCUCCUUCCCGAGCCUGUGUGCGGAGAGGAGCGUCUGCUUGGCUGCCCACCGCAGUUUGCUGGUGUGACCAGGCGCCCUUUAAACCACUGAUGUGCAUCCUCCCACUGCAGUGUGAUUGGCAUUAGGGGUGCCCCCCUGGUGCCCCAGAGUGAAUAUUAAAGUUUGACUUAAAACUG